AUGCAAAUAGGACCAAAGUGCUUAGGUGAUACAAGCCGACCACCGAAGCCGAAUGAAGUGGAUGGCCGUGAUUAUCACUUUGUUUCAAAAGAACAAAUGCAGGAAGACGUACGCAACAAUCAGUUCAUAGAAGCUGGCCAAUUCCAGGACAAUCUCUAUGGCACAAGUAUUAACUCUGUUCGUGAAGUUGCCGAAAUGGUAUGUUUUGAUACAGCUUUAAAAAAAAAAAGCAAAAGCAAGGAAGUUUUGCGGGAAAAGUGCUCUCAUCGGGUCGUUUUGUUUGAAUUUUCUCAUGGAAAUAGAGGAAAUUUCAGUACUUUUUUAGCAGUUUUAUUACCAAAGGGGUUGAGAUCCUCGUUAGAGAUUUGGUGUCAGAUCCAUUGUUGUUAAUU